AGACUUGGUUGUGUAAAGACCACUAACGAAUCGAAUCGAAUUGAAUUGUUCGUAGAAAAUUAUAAUAAUAAAUAAAAGAAAUUAAUAGCAACGCUUUUUCAUAGUUAAAUACGAAAAAAAAGGCUUCGUCAUUAAAUGCAAGUGCUAAUAAUUCACCAACAAAUUCCACAAUGAAUACAUCAACAACAGCUGCCACACCAACUGUAGUGAAAAUCAAAAAGGAACUGCCCAGUGAUGAAAUAAAGGAAUUUGCUGAAAGUACAAUGAAUGAGUUACUCGGUUGGUAUGGUUUCGAUAGUGUGGAUCGUUUGGAUCUUUCAGCAAAAACAUCGAAAUUAUUACAAACGGCGGGUAUAAUUAGUGCACAACAGCAACAGCAGCAGCAUCAGUCGCAUCAUAACCAGCAUCAUCAGUUGGAAAAGCGCCGUAGUCGCAGCAGUAGAGAAGCCUCUCUUUUACACAUGCAUCAGCAGCAGCAACAACAUGAGCAUUUACGUACUCUCCAUAAUAACAACAAUCACAAUAAUAGCCACAGCAAUAACAACAAUAGUAAUAAUAACAGUAACAACAAUAAUAACAACAACAGCAGCAGUAGUUCGAAUAAUCGUAAAACUUCUCUUAAUUGUAAUAAUAAUAACAAUAAUAAUUAUCGGGGCAACGAUAGUACAACCUCAGAUCAUGAUACCAGAAGUUCAAGAGAUGAUGAUUCAAAAAGUCCCAAUUCGGCGGGUAAAACACAUUCGACUACAACGAAUAUCAUUGAUGAUAAAUUAGUUGACUAUCAAAACUGCUGUUGGUGUCGUCGGCCCGUACCGGAAAAUGCCCCAGAAUUCUUAACCACCUCCGAUGGCCCCCGCUACUGCUCUGAAUCGUGUUUUACCCAGAGUAGACGGGCAUCGUUUAAAAAAGCCAAAACCUGUGACUGGUGCAAACAUGUGCGGCAUGCCGUCAGCUAUGUGGAUUUUCAAGAUGGUGCCUCCCAAUUGCAGUUUUGUUCCGACAAAUGCCUGAAUCAAUAUAAAAUGCAAAUAUUCUGCAAAGAAACCCAGGCUCAUUUGGACAUGAAUCCACAUUUGAAGGAACAAGGUCUAGAGGCGGCCAGUAAUGGAGCAAAUCUCAUAACACCCGAUUUAUGGCUGAGGAAUUGUCGCAGUCGUUCUGCCUCGCCAGCCUCCACAGUCUCAAUAUCUCCGGGACCACCCACUCAAGCUAAUAUGGGCCCGGAAAGAGCGAAUUUAUCAGGUGGAGCAUUAAGUCCGUUGCCCAGAAUAGCAAUCACUAGCACAUUGCCACAUACCAGCAAUACAAGUCACAAACCUUUAAUUUCAGUAACACCAGCCUCGAAAUUAAUGUCAAAAUCUCCCAGUAUCCUAAGCAACCGGCAAUCACCGAAACAUAAUCGUAAAAAGAGGCCAGUUAGAAGCUGUGAAAUGGUCUCUACCAGAUGCAAUGAGGUGAAAUCAAAUAGUUCAGCUUCAUUAGCGCCGGGUAGUAUUAAACCCAAACCCUUAAUGUCGUCUCUAAGCGAUAAUGCGCGCUCCAAUUUAAAUCAACCGAAUACACAAACCCUAACACAAUUUGCUGCCUCUUGUGUGCAAGAUUUACACAUGAAUGUGCCACCUUUGUCGCCCAUGAUGGAAUCACAAUCGUCACAGCCCACCACGCCUCACAGUCUACCGCCCACACCCAAUAGAGCCAACACCACAAUACCACCAGCAUUUUUUGCCACACCGCCCAACAACCAAGGACCCCCAAGCUCACACUCGGGCGGCAUGGCACCUCAAGGUUUUCCACAACGUCCUCCGUUUCUGCAUAAUCCUAAUGGUGGCUUUCUGCCACGUUUUUUGGGAAAUUUUUCGGGUUUUCCACCACCGCCACCACAUACAGCAGCCGGUUUCAUGCCACCCGAUUUAUCGGCCUUAAAUACCUUGAUAGGCACCCCACCGCCAGUAACAAUUAUGGUACCUUAUCCAGUCAUAAUACCCCUGCCAAUACCCAUACCAGUACCCUUGCCCAUAGUGGAUUUCUAUAAAGCCCACUUAACGCCCGAGCAGCGCACGAAAUUCGAUAAAGAGCAGCAGCUGAAAAAAGAAAAUGAAACCAAGGAAACCUGCGAACUUGAACAAACAGUGGCCGAAGUGGCAGAGGAACCUUUAGAUUUUACCAAGACCAAGGACACUGAAGUACAAUUAGAAGCAACUAGAAGUGACAGCAUUAAAGCACAAGACUCACCUAAAACAACAGAAGACCCCAGCACCACCACCACAACCACCAAAGAAGCAGAAGAAACCACACCCUCUGAAGAUUCACAAACCAACUCAAAAACGUUGCACUGUAUUGUAAGCACCGCAGAAGAACCCAAACAAAACACAGAUAACCGAACUAGCACCAAAUUAAAAAGUGAUUUUGUGGCAACAUCCCAAGACCUUAAUGAAGACUCCAAUGAGCAGCAGGCCACAACGAGUGGCGGCGAAUCAAAUCAAAAAUUGCCGAAAUUGAAAAUAACACGGCUGCAAACCAAACGUACUCUAAUACAAACCAAAGAAUCUGAAUGCUCAAGGCCUUUGCGCAAGCGUAAACGUAUAAUCGAUUGUGAUUUUCAGAAAUUAAACACCACCAGCACGAACAGCAACAAGGAAACGAACGAUGUAGCCGAUGAAUUAAACACAACGACUGAAAACGAACCAACAAACAAAGGCCAAAAUACUAAUAAUAAAAAAUAAUUAAAUAUUACAAUUUAUUUUAAUUCUUAAAACUUAAUUAGUAAGUAAAACUUAAAUUAUAACAUAAUAAAAGCACUUUAAGUGCUUGCAAAAACAAAGAAAAAUUUAUGAAAAAAUAUAGUAUUAAAAUAACGAACAUAGAAUUUGAUUUUAGCUUAAAUUGUUUAAUUUACAAUACAAAUCGAUUUCUAUAUUAAAGCCGUUUAUUUUGAGCUUAAGUUUUAUUGCGAUUUUGUACUUAAUUUCUUUGUUUUUUAUCUUAAUUUUUUUUUAUUACAUAUUAAAUUUAAUUAAAGUGUGCAAUUUGUUUUAAGUACAUAUGUACUAUUAUUUUAACUAUUAAUUUGUUUAGUAGCUUAGAAUUUUUUUAUAUGUUUUUAUUUAUAAUCUAUUAUUAUUAUUAUAUUUAUUUUUUACAUCUCUAUUUCCUUUUGAUACUAACAACAAAAUAAAUGUUUAUUCAAAUCAGAUUUUCAAAAUUUAUUUCAAAUUGUUAAUUGGUUUAUAAAUAUGUACAAUGAAUUGAAAAAACGAUUUAAACAAAAUUAAUAAAUAAAAAAAAAAUAUUUAAAAA